CGCGCGCGCAAGCUGUAGGAAGAGUCGGGAGUAAUAGCUUGUUUGACAAAAAGGACGUGUUGUGCGGGGAAGAAGAGGCGGUAGGUAGGUAGGUAGGUAGGGAGGUAGGUAGCUGGCGGCGGGAGGAAGCUGGAAGGGGUACGGGGGAAGGAAGUGGGAAGAGAAGGCGCCCGAUCGCGCAAGAUGCCCGCGUUAGAUGAUAGCGCACGUGAUACAGAUCGGCGGCAAAGAUUUGCCGCUGCCGAUGGCUUGGUGGGGUUGGAGGCGGGAAAUGUUGACCCGGCGGGAAGCGCCGAGGAGGAUUUCACGGUAUCAAUGGUCCCAUUGUUGUCCGCGGCGGGGAGCGUCGAGAUCAGUGACACGCGCGCAAUGACAGGGACUGGUACCACCGGCGGCGGCGGCGGCGGCGGCGGCGGUGCUGGGAAUGGGAAUGGGACAAUAAGGGAGGUAGAUGACGCGUCGUUCACACUGCUUGCCACGUUGCUAGUGGCUUUGGGCCCGCUGUCCUUCGGAAUGGCGUUGGGAUACACGUCGCCGACGCAAGCGCAAAUCGCGGAGGAGUUUGCGAUGACGACAGCGCAGAGCUCGCUGUUUGGCGCGCUGGUAAACGUGGGCGCGAUGGCCGGUGCGCUGGUGAGCGGAAGCUUGGCGGAUGCCGUGGGGAGGCGGAUGGCCUUAUUGUGGGCGGCAAUCUGCCAGGUCCUCGGGUGGGGUUUGAUUUUAACCGCCCAAGGCCUGCCGGCGCUUUACGCGGGGAGACUAAUUUUGGGCGCGGGGGUCGGCGUCGUCUCAUUUGCCGCGCCCGUGUACAUUGUCGAAAUUUCCCCCAGCCGACUUAGAGGCGGUCUUGGCGCCAUUAACCAGCUCGCGAUCACCGUGGGUAUAACUCUGGUUUAUUUCCUCGGCAUUUUCCUGACCUGGCGGAUCCUCGCCGCCGUGUCGAUCGUGCCGUUAGUGGCACUCCUAGUGGGUACUUUGGUGGUGGUCCCGGAGACCCCCCGAUGGCUGGCGCUAAAGGGGGAGUCGGAGAAGAUGGCGGGGGUAAUGCGUCGGCUCCGUGGCAACAGAUACGAUAUCUCUAUGGAGAUCGCGGAGAUCAGGGCGGCCGUUGCGUCUUCUCUCUCCGAGCCCAAGACCCAGCUCAAAGACGUCUUCGCGCGAGGGUUAGUUAGGCCUCUCGUCGUAGGGGUAGGCUUGUCCGUCCUUCAGCAGUUUUGCGGUAUUAAUGCAGUGAUGUUCUACAGCAGCUCCAUCUUUGAAGCCGCCGGGAUUCGAUCCCCCAACGUGGCUACCUUGUCCGUUGGAGUCCUGCAGGUGGUGAUGACAGCUGUCGCCGUGGGAUUGAUGGACAAAUUGGGCCGCAAGGUCCUCCUCGUCGUCUCCGCUUCUGGCUUGGCUAUGGGGAACCUCGGCAUGGCCAUCUCUUUCUGGUUAAAGGACUCUCUUCCCGCCGGUAGUGCGGCGGAGUGGCUUGUUUCUCCUCUCGCUAUUUUGAGCUUGUUGGCUUUCAUCGCUGCUUUCUCUCUGGGUAUGGGCGCGAUUCCGUGGAUCAUCAUGGCCGAAAUCUUCCCCGUACAAGUGAAGGGAUUAGCAGGUAGCCUGGCCACGCUGAUGAACUGGCUGAGCUCCUUCGUUGUCACGCUGACAUUCCAAUCGCUUCUUACCUGGAGCCACUCAGGUUCCUUCGUCUUGUUCGCCGCCGAGUGCGUGUUUACUGUCCUCUUCGUCUUGCGAAUCGUGCCCGAGACGAAAGGUAGAACCCUGGAACAGAUCCAAGCCGCAUUCAAAACCUCUUAAAAGCGGCACUACCUACUCUCCUACUUUUGCGGCUGCUGCCCAGCGUAGUAGCAGAAGGACAGAGGAGGAGGAGGAGGAUGUCCUCUUCGUGCUGGGAAUCAUGCCCGAGGCGAAAGGUAGGACACAGAAGGAGGUGGUUCUCUUCGUCUUGCGAGUCGUGCCUGAGACGAAAGUUGAGGAACACGAUUAGAGCAGAUCCAAGCCGCGCAUUCAAAACCUCUUGAAAGCGGCACUACCUACUCUCCUACUUUUACGGCUGCCCUGCGUAAUAGCAGAAGGACAGAGGAGGAGGAGGAGGAGGAGGAGGAGGUCAUCUUCGUGCUGCGAAUCGUGCCUGAGACGAAAGGGAGGAGCUUGGUAGAGCAGAUCCAAGCCGCAUUCAAAACCUCUUGAAGCGGCACCACCUACUGCUACUUUUGCGGCUGCUCUGCGUAGUAGCAACAGGGCAAAGAAAGAGGAGGAGGUUUGUCUUUUUGGUCAUUCCACUGGCCUGUAGGAUGGAUCAUGAUCUGACGAGUAUAGUGUUUUUUCUUUUUCCCUCUUUUUCUUUGUUGUGUGGGCCCCCCUUAAUUGGUGUACUGCGGUGUUGGGCUGAUUGUCUUCAAGAGGUGAUGCCGCCGGAUUAAGAAGUCACAGCUUCGUGCCCUGGCCUUGAUUGAGUGUGCGACGGACUAACUAAAGUCUAAAUUCCGUUCGAUUUAUGUUCCUUCCUGUCUGCUGAUUCACUUAAGCGUGGUUGUCCUGAUCAGGGGGAACAGAGGGAGGUAGGGUGGUAGGGUGAGCGGGAAAGAGGUAUAAUGGGGGUCUGUGCAUAUAUAUCCAUAUGUAUAUGCUCUCUCUCCUGCUGUUUCACCUCCUCCUCCUCCUCCUCCUCCUCCUCCUUUGUCCUUGCGUGCCGAUAUGCUAUAGCUGUUGUAGGUGAAUGUUGUCAGGGCUUGCAUUGUCUCUCCGUAAGCCGCCGCAAUGGCUCUUCCUUCUCUUUCUGUUUCCCUUUCCUUUCUUUUUGGCUGCCAGCUUUUCUCUUUGUUUUUUUCAUCUGACAGUAUCUGGAUUCGAACGUGGGUCUGAUUCAUAUUUCAACAGUUCAUGGGUGUACCAGCUGAGCUAC